AUGCUGGACGAGAAUCUCCCUACAUUUUUUGUGAAGCCGUCAUCGGAAGCCCCCAAGUCACGGUCGACCCUCUUUGUUGCUCAACACGGAAAGGAGCCUCAGCCUGCAUACACAGUCCGACACCUGGACCCAGAACUGCAGACGUCUCGAAAUCGCUACGCCGUUGCCCUUUAUGAUUCCUUCUGUCCUGACGCGUUAUACGGAGAGGUCCUGAUAAUACCCAAAUGGACGCAUCCAACAUUUUCCCAGGAGGCUAUUAGGGCAAAUGGAGGGGUACAGCCGCCGCCAGAGCCCAUCAUGCCCACCGAGUUCAUAAUCCAACUAUACAACCCAGAGCAACAAGUGCUAGUCCGCCAUAAGCCAAAGACAUGGAAUACGCCUGCAACAUGGGCCUUUGAAAUGCCGCAGAGGACGUUUCGGGAACCCUCCAAGUCACAGCUGGACAAGACGAUUACCACACCUGCAACCUCGGACGCUACCUCUCGAUUACGAUUCAACUGGCGAAAGGACGGCAGGAUGGGCUCAAAGGACCUGGGCUGUUAUUUGUCUGGCAAAGUCGUCGGGCCCAGUGGGAAUUCAAAGAAGAACAGGGAGCCGGAUAUCACUGUUGCCAUCUUCAGUGCAUUAAAGGAGAUUACGCUCUACGAACCCAACUUUUCCCGGGUUGAAAUGGAAGACUACAAGGGUUUAGAGAUCGUUCUUAUGUUGGGUGCCAUUGUUAUCCGGGAUGUAUUCUUCAGCCCCAUGAAAGAAGCUUUUAAUAUCCUUAAUCCGCCCCUGAACUCUGCCAGUCCAAUAAACAAGCCAUCAAGUACUCCGGUGCCCUCGAGACCUCUAAAUGGUGCGGCAGGCUACCCUCCAGCCAUUCGUCCUCCACCAGCAUCUCACCCGCCAGCAAAACCACUUCCCCAGCAACCACAACAGCGACCUGCUCCGCCCCCUCGUCAAAGCAUCCCCCCCACUGACCUCCGUUCGCAAUGGGAACUAGACGCUGAAGCUAAUGUAUUAAAGCAACAAUCCGAGGCAGAGAAACGAGCGCGGCUUAAGAAGGAGAAGGAGGCCGAAAAACGGACCAAAAAGCUUCUUGAAGCUGAGGAAAAGGAGGCAAAAAAGCGUCAAGCACAGGUUGAUAAGGAGACCGAACGACUGCGGAAGAUCUACGGGAAGGGAGAAAUCAAGGUAUUGAAACUACAACAGCAACACCAGCCUGCUCCUAGACCACCACAGCCUCCCCGACAACCUCAAAACCAUCCAGUACCACCACAGUCGCGUGUUCAGUUUGCUGCACCUAGGCCACAGUCUAUAGCAGGUGGGUUGAGACCACCUCCUCAACAACAACCGCAGCCACAGUUAAAGGAGAAACGGAGUAUAUUUGGUUUCCGGAAGAAAGAGAGCGGAGUUGCUCCAAAUACCCUCAUGAAGAAACGGAGUUCCAUGUUUUGA